AUGUGAAGGUGUAAUUUCCAGACGCGGAAGCGAGUUCCAGCUGUCAAACAGAUUUUGGAAAAUCAGUUUCAGCUCUCGGUGUAAAGGAAAAUAAUAACUGACGUUGUUUCAGAAUGGACAGUCCACGCUGGUUACCUCUAGAGUCAAAUCCUGAAGUCAUGACAAAGUUUGUCAAUUGUUUGGGAAUGAAGCCAACCUGGCAAUUCGGAGAUGUAUAUGGGCUGGAUCCAGAGCUUCUCAGCAUGGUACCAAGACCAGUAUGUGCAGUGCUACUUCUGUUCCCAGUGACAGAGAAGUAUGAGACAUUUAAGCAAGAAGAGGAAGAGAGACUCAAGGAUCAGCCACAGGAGGUCUCUCCUGACGUUUACUUCAUUAAGCAAACUAUUGGAAAUGCCUGUGGAACAAUAGGAUUAAUUCAUGCCGUAGCAAACAACCAGCAACACCUGGACUUUGAGUCCAAUUCUGCUCUUAAGAAGUUUCUUGAACAAACUGCUAAAAUGAACCCUGAGGAAAGGGCUGCCUUCCUGGAAAAAGAUGAGAGUAUACGUGUUACACAUGAAUCCAGUGCGCAGGAGGGACAGACUGAGGCCCCGAGUUUAGAUGAAAAAGUGAAUCUGCAUUUUAUAGCUUUUGUGAAUGUCGGAGGACAGUUAUAUGAACUGGAUGGGCGGAAGCCUUUUCCUGUUGUCCAUGGAAAAACCUCAGAGGAUACUUUCCUGGAGGAUGCUGUAGAGGUUUGUAAGAUCUUCAUGGCUCGGGACCCUCAGGAGGUUCGUUUCACCAUCAUUGCCCUUUCCAAAGAUUCAUACUGAGGAAAGUCCCCCGAGAUACCAGAAAAGGAAGGAAACAUGACUGCCAAACAUUCUCAAGUGCUGACUUAAUUAAUUCAUUUUUUUUUCCCCAAAAGCAUUUUAGUAAGUGUUGUGGUGAAAAUAAUAAAAUGUCAGGGAUAUCAUACUGAAGUCAUGCCCCGUUGUUGUCAUGCAUCACUUACGAGCUUUGUGAAAUUCCGAGUGAAUUAGAGCGCUGCUGUGCCACUAAAAGUAUUUCUUGUUGAGAUCAAAAUCUUCCAGCUCCUCACUGCUGAAACACCUCUAACCACACCGCACUAAAGUUUGUUUACAUGGCAUGUUCGGCUUCCAAUUAAGAAAUAAUUUGACGAAUUUUCCAUGUUGUGGAGGGAUCUCAACAUUAUCAUCGUAAUUAUUAUUACUUUUUUCUCUGGGUUUAAUAGCACUUACUGUAUGUAGUGAUUUAUUUUGGAUCAUAUAUCUAACAGACUGGUAGAAACCAGCUGAAGGGACUUGCCCUGCAAGGCUUUAAUUUUAGUCACAGCUUUGAACAAAACAGAUAGGCCUAAUGCUGUCAUAUGCGUUGAUGAUGUUACGAAAAGCUUAUCAAUAAAACAUCUCCUUUAAGUAAGGCCGACUGAAAAAGAAAGACUGUAAAUCUGUGUGGAAGGUGCCUACCUUUUUGUAAUAAGAAUCAAAAAUUCUGUCAAAUAAAAGGCAAAUUUAUUAAA